AUGGAUGCUCAUCUAAAUGUAACAUACGUAACUUUUGGUGGGCAUGUGGAUCUAAACACGUACAGAUACGUUUAUUUUGUGAUCAUGUUGACAGUAUAUAUUCUGAUAAUCUGCAGUAAUUCUACUAUUGUUUACCUCAUCGUGACUCGCAACAACCUCCAUCAUCCGAUGUACACGUUCAUUGCAGCUUUGUUAAUCAACUCUGUUGUGUUCAGCACUGCUAUCUACCCAAAGCUUCUGAUGGACUUUCUAUCUGAGGAGCAGAUGACAUCUUACUCGGCCUGUCUCUUCCAGUGUUUCCUUUACUACUCUUUGGAUGGUUCAGAGUUCUUACUGCUAUCGGCCAUGGCUUAUGACAGAUAUGUGUCUAUUUGUAAACCUCUGCAAUAUCCAAACAUCAUGAAGAAAACAACUGUGCGUGUUCUUCUGGCUGUAGCUUGGUUCUUUCCUGCUGCUCAGAUUGCGGUGCCAGUCACACUUGGUGCUAACACCAAACUCUGUCAGUUUAAAUUAGGAGGAAUCUUUUGCAACAAUUCCAUUUACAAGCUUUAUUGUGUAAGCUCCAGAGUGCUGUCGCUGUACGGUGUGAUCGUCUUAUGCAAUGUUAUCCUUUUUCCUGUGAUUUUCAUAGUUUCUACAUACACAAAGAUAUUUGUAAUAACUUACAAAAGUUGUGGGGCAGUCAGGAUGAAAGUGGCACGGACUUGUUUACCUCACCUGCUGGUUCUGCUCAACUUUUGCAGUUUGGUAACGUAUGAUGUCAUCACAGUUAAACUAGAAUAUGAGAUUCCAAAAGCUAUACGUUUUAUAAUGACCUUACAAGUGAUCUUGUAUCAUCCUCUGCUUAAUCCUAUUAUAUACGGACUGAAAAUGACAGAAAUUUCCAAACACAUCAAGAGGUUGUUUCAUAAAGGCGAACACAACUAA